UUUUGGUGCUAAUGACGCCGUGAUUUACUGGGAGCGAAGAAAAAUCCCAUUUUGACGUAGUUUUGGGACUUGCGGCCGACACCGCCCCGAUAAAAACGUCGCCUUUGGUCCGGAGAUUGGACUCUUUAGAGCUCUCCUGGCCUCUGAGCGACAGCAUUGUGCCCCCAGUUUGGGACUGGAGUUGGAGAAACCCUGGUUGCUCGAUCUUUUUGUGGACUGAAGGCCUCGGAUGGAUCUGUUUUUUUGCUCCGAGACUGGUGAUUAAAGGCUAGGAUGGCGCUGGGGAAUUGGAUCAAGAUCGUGUUUUUAUCCGUUUUCCUUUGCUGCUUCGGAUCGGUGGUGUUCGGCACAACCGAUGCCGGAGAUUACGCCGUUCUUGAUGAGUUCCGGAAGGGGUUGGCCAACCCGGAGCUCCUCAAAUGGCCCACGAACAACAGAGACCCUUGCGGCCCUCCGCUGUGGCCGCACGUCUUCUGCUCCGGCUCCCGCGUCGCCCAGAUCCAGGUCCAGAACUUGGGUUUGAGCGGCCCUCUUCCUCGGGACUUCAACAAGCUCUCCAUGCUGACCAAUAUCGGUCUCCAGAGGAACAAUUUUAGUGGAAAGCUGCCGUCUUUCAGUGGCUUGUCCAAUUUGCAGUAUGCAUACCUUGGGAACAACCAGUUCGACGCCAUUCCAUCGGACUUCUUCGUCGGGCUCACUAGCUUGCAGGUGCUGUCUCUGGACAUGAAUCCCUUGAACCAGAGCACUGGCUGGGUGCUGCCUCCGGACCUGGCAGACUCUGCCCAGCUGAUGAAUUUGUCAUUGGUGGGUUGUAAUCUCGCCGGCCCUUUGCCGGAAUUCUUGGGAACAAUGCAUUCUCUAUCUGUUCUGAAGUUGUCAUACAACAAUCUCACCGGCACCAUCCCAGCGAGUUAUUCAGGUCUGCCACUGCAGAUUUUAUGGCUGAACAACCAGAUUGGACCAAAAUUGACCGGCUCGCUUGAUGUCAUUGCAUCGAUGGCAAUGCUGAAGGAUGUUUGGCUCCAUGGAAAUCAGCUCACAGGACCAAUCCCAAGCUCAAUUGGGGGCUUAACAUCUCUGACACGGCUGUGGCUCAACAAUAACCUGCUUGUUGGUCUUGUGCCUCAGAACCUGACAAGGUUGCCGCAGCUCCAGUCAUUGCAAUUAGACAACAAUUUGUUCAUGGGUCCGAUCCCAAAGGUGAGUUUCAACUUCACCUAUGCUUAUAACUCAUUUUGCCAGUCUACACCAGGAAUUCCUUGCUCACCAGAAGUCACCGCCCUUUUAGAGUUCCUUGAAAGAGUGAAUUAUCCAUCGAAGCUUGCAGCUUCUUGGUCUGGUAAUGAUCCUUGUGCCAGUUUGUGGUCUGGUGUGUCUUGUUUUGAUGGCAAAGUUUCUGUGAUAAAUCUUCCAAACUUACAAUUGAAUGGCACAAUCAGUCCAUCCCUCGGAAAAUUGAAUGAUCUUGUUGAUGUUAGACUUGGGGGUAACAAUCUUGAUGGCAUGAUUCCGGUCAACAUGACAAACUUGAAAUUGCUAAAAACUUUGGAUCUUUCUUCAAAUAACAUCUCUCCUCCUGUUCCACAUUUCCCUAGUAGCGUGAAAGUCCUUCUUGAUGGAAAUAAAUUGCUAGUUACUGCUAGUUCUCCAGAAUCUUCUUCAACUGGGAACAGUCCAUCAGACAGCUCACCGAACAAUACCCAAUCGCAUAACUCACCUAGAUCUUCUGGCAGCUCAUCUCCUGAUGCUAAUUCAGGUAAUAGGUCAAGAGGUUCUAGGAAGUUGAAUCUCCUGAUUGUCAUUGUUCCAAUUGCUUUCGGUGUUUCUAUAUUUCUCUUGGCUGUUCUUUUCCUGUGCUUCUGGAAGAGAAGAAAGAGUGCCUUUCCGGCACCAAGCUCCAUUGUUGUCCAUCCCAGAGACUCGUCUAAUCCAGAUAAUUUAGUCAAGAUUGUGGUUGCAAAUAAUGCCAGUAACAGCAUUGCUACUAAUGAAUGGCAAAGUAUAAACAGCAGUCAUACAAGUGAUACACACUUGAUUGAGUCUGGCAACUUAGUAAUAUCAGUUCAGGUUCUUCGUAGUGCUACUAGAAACUUUGCUUCAGAGAAUGUGCUUGGCAAGGGUGGAUUUGGUGUUGUCUACAAGGGAGAGUUGCAUGAUGGGACAAUGAUAGCUGUUAAGAGAAUGGAAUCUGCUGUGUUAAGUAGUAAAGCUUUAGAUGAAUUCCAUGCUGAAAUUGCUGUUCUUUCAAAGGUUCGGCACCGUAAUUUGGUUUCCAUCCUGGGCUAUUCCAUAGAAGAAUAUGAGAGACUUUUAGUUUAUGAGUAUAUGCCUCAGGGGGCACUGAGUAAGCAUCUGUUCCGAUGGAAGCAGCUGGAGUCGGAGCCAUUGUCAUGGAAGAAGAGGAUGAACAUUGCAUUGGAUGUUGCCCGUGGAAUGGAGUAUCUUCAUAACUUGGCUCAUCAAUGUUUUAUCCACCGAGAUCUCAAGUCCUCAAAUAUACUACUUGGUGAUGACUAUAGAGCAAAAGUUUCAGACUUUGGGCUCGCCAAACUUGCCCCAGAUGGAAAAAAUUCUGUGGCAACUAGACUUGCUGGAACUUUUGGGUAUUUAGCCCCUGAAUAUGCUGUUACUGGAAAAGUUACAAAAAAGAUUGAUGUCUUCAGUUUCGGAGUGGUACUGAUGGAGCUAUUAACUGGUCUGAUGGCACUGGAUGAGAACAGACCCGAAGAGAGCCGUUACCUUGUCUCCUGGUUCUGUCAAAUGAAGACCACCAAAGAAAAUCUCAAGAGUAUCAUUGAUCCAGCACUUGUUGUCACGGAUGAGAACUUUGAUAGCAUUUCAAUCAUCGCAGAACUUGCAGGGCAUUGUGCUGCACGAGAGCCACAGCAGCGGCCUGACAUGGGUCAUGCAGUAAACGUACUCGCCCAACUGGCUGAGAAAUGGAGGCCCAUGAGUGAUGACCAGGAUGAAUAUUUGGGUAUCGACCUGCAACAACCCCUUCUUCAGAUGGUGAAGGGAUGGCAAGCUGCUGAUGGUACAACAGAUGUUAGUUCAGUGAGCCUUGACGAUAGUAAGGGAAGCAUCCCUGCAAGGCCUGCCGGAUUCGCAGAAUCUUUCACAUCUUCUGAUGGCCGGUGAAUGUACUAUGAAUGUCUGAUAUUGCUGUUCUUUGAUGUCACCUUUGCCGCCAAAUAGUUAUUUUCCUUUCCUCCAGUUCUUGUAGAUGAAAAUUCCUCUGGAGUGAUAUCUUCAUCAUGUUUCGAUGAAGAUUUGUUGGUUUCAUGUUUGCUGUAAUAGUAACUGUUUUGGACAUGAUAUAAAUAGAAAAGGAAAUAAUGAACUUCUUGUUCA